GAUGUUAUCAGUUUUAAACGUUACUUUUUGCACUUAUAAUGGCUCGUAUCGCAACGUACGUAUUCAUGGACCUGGAAACGACAGGCUUACCUCUCGAAGAAAAUAAUAAAACUCGUAUAACUGAGAUAAGUUUUGUAGCGGUUAAGAGGCGGCAUUUGCUUGAUACUAGGGCUGGCUGUUCUCCCAGAGUGCAGCAGAAAAUCACCCUGUGCUUGAAUCCUCGGCGAAUGAUACAGCCUAGCUGUACAGACGUUACAGCUCAAAAUGGGUUUGGAUUUGACUACCCAAUACUAAAACAUCAUCUUGAAAAACUUAAAGUAAGUUUCACUAAUGAUUUGAUGUGUGCAGAUUGCUAUCAUGCAUUUUAUGAUAUAUUAGAAUCCAGGAAGAGAAUGAAAAUGCAGAAGGGGACAUUGAAUAAAGAUGAAAUUGAUGAGAUUGGUAGCAGUUUACAACAAGAAAACAGUCUACACAUGCAACAAGUUAAUGAGUCAACACCUAAGAGACAGAUUAUAAAAACUGCAAGUCACAGAGUCCAGAAUAGUAUGUCUAAAGCUGUGAGAAGAUUUCCAUGGAGUCAAGGAGAGAAGCCCAAAGAAAAAUAUAAGUUAAAGGAUGUUUAUGAAAGGUUAUUGAAUCGCCCAUGUAUUGAUGCUCAUCGAGCUGAAAAUGAUUGUGUAAUGGCUUUGCAAUGUUCUGUAGUACUGUCACAAGACUUUGUGCACUGGGUGGAUGGCAACCAUAAACCAUUUGCUGAAGUUAAACCUAUGACCAUAGGUGUUAAAGUUGGUUCUUAACUUUAAAGGGGAUUGAUCAAACAUGUUUUCCUUUUGUAUUAGGGUCAAACUUCUGUCAAAUUUUUUUUUAACAAAAUUCUGUUAAAUACAAGGCCAUAACUUAGACAAAACCAACUUAACCAGACAAAAGUAUUGCAUGAAUGGAUAAAGGUGGAACAAAUUAUUACUGGAGGUGACUUCCAUAACUUUUUCAUUGACUUCAGUAAUAGGUAGAUUCUUAAGUAAGUGUCAUAAUAAAUUGAGCUUUAUAUUUCCACAAUAUUUGCACAUUUAGUUCAGUACUUACAUAGUAGGUACCAAGACCAAAUGAAGAUAUUCAAUAUCUUGGAAGUAAUAACAAUGUCAUAUUAUAUUUUAGUCUGUGAUAAAAACAUGAUAAAAAUAUCUACUGAUAAUACAAAGCAGUCUACAAUCAGCUAUCAUUUUUCUAUUUUGAGGAUGUUUUCUUAAUAUUAUAUUCUACUAAUUAGGUUAUUUUCAUGAAGGGACAUGAUACAAUGUGAAACAAAACCCAUACCACUGUGGUCAAUCUCCUUUAAAAUUAAAAUCUAGACCAUCAACAAUGUACUGUCAUAAAUGUAUAUAAUUUGUAUCAUAAAAUACUUUUAUAUUAUAUUUUAAUAUUUUGUAACUAUAUCUAUCUGUCUAAUAAACUUUAAUAGAAUAAUGAUUAUUUUGUAAAGUGACUACAUCUUACUCUAUUUGUGGGAAUUUGAUAUCAAGUCAAUAUUGUCCUUUUGUUAUAACACAUUUUUUGGCAUAAAAGGCAUUUAUUUUCUCAAGAUUGAUUCCUUUAGUAUUUUGAUGUAAUUUCUAAUAUACUACUACCACUUCGGAAACAAAUGGCGCUCUGAGAGAAAGAAACUCCCAGCAUUCUUUUUUACACUCUUUUUAAUAAAAUAUACAAUAUUAUUGUUAUAAAAUAAUCAUAAUCUAGUCCCAGGCUCUCCGAGCACUUAGAUAAGCUGUGGAGUAGUAGGAUUUAUGACAGAGCCACUUUUUAAUAAAACAUUUAAAUUUCUUUAUAGAUUAUGCCUGAAUAGUGGCUGGGACUUCAUUAUUAAAGUGUAUAUAUUUAACCUAAAAGCUAUCUUAUGAUGAGCAACAUGGACUUUUACACUCACGAUUUGUAUGACACAUUCUGUUAGUGUGCAUGAAUUGCACACUAAACUAAAUAUUCCUAGCCUAUUUUUAUCGGUUGUCUCACAGCAAGAGACUAUCUAGAUGUAUAAUAUGUCUAAGGAUAAAAUAAUAUGGACAAAAUAUCUGAAAAUAAAUGUGUUAUUAUAAUUAUACUUAAUUUGUGAUGUGUUUGGAAAUUAUUUUAUUGACUAGUAGAAAUAUAAGAAUUUGUAAUUUUAGUUGUUUUUGUCAAAGCAUUUGAGAGCAUGGUUGGAUGUUUGUUAUGACAUCGCAUGUUACAUCAUGAUACUCAAACUUAUGUUAAAUUAACAAUUUCAAUUAAUUUUGUAUUUUUGUACCUUUGGGGUUUACUUUAAUAAAUUAUAUAUUGUAUACACACUAAAA